AUGAAGGAGAAGUCCAAGACAGCGGCGAGGACGCGGCGGGAGAAGGAGAAGAGAGAGUUUCACGAGCUCGCCAGAAUGCUGCCGUUACCGUCGGCCAUCACCUCUCAGCUGGACAAAGCGUCCGUCAUCCGACUGACCAGCAGCUACCUGAAGAUGCGCCUGCUGUUCCCGCAAGGUUUGGGGGAGGUUUGGGGUCGAAGCCGAUCUUUAGAAAACACAAACCUUGAGCUCGGAUCUCAUUUACUGCAGGUAAUAAUCAGCAAGACGCUCCAGACGUUAGACGGCUUUAUAUUCGUGGUGGCUGCCGACGGGAAGAUCAUGUACAUCUCAGAGACGGCGUCGGUUCAUCUGGGCCUUUCACAGGUAGAACUGACCGGGAACAGUAUUUAUGAGUACGUUCAUCCGGCCGAUCACGACGAGAUGACCGCGGUUCUGACACCUCAGCCCUCGUAUCACUCGCACCUCAUCCACGAGCAUGAAGUGGAGCGCUCGUUCUUUUUGAGAAUGAAGUGUGUUUUGACCAAACGUAACGCCGGACUGACGAGCGGAGGAUAUAAAGUCAUCCACUGCAGUGGCUAUCUGAAGCCUGUGGGUCUGGUGGCGGUGGGUCACACUUUACCUCCCAGCGCCGUCACCGACAUCAAGCUUCACAGCAACAUGUUCAUGUUCAGAGCCAGUCUAGACAUGAAGCUCAUCUUCCUCGACUCCAGGGUUUCAGAGCUGACAGGAUAUGAGCCACAGGACCUGAUUGAGAAGACCCUGUAUCAUCACGUGCACAGCUGUGACAGCUUUCACCUGCGCUGCGCUCAUCACCUCCUGCUGGUCAAAGGUCAGGUGACCACUAAAUAUUACCGCUUCCUGUCCAAACACGGCGGCUGGGUUUGGGUGCAGAGUUACGCCACCAUCGUUCACAACAUCCGCUCGUCUCGUCCGCACUGCAUCGUCAGCGUCAACUACGUCCUCACGGACACAGAGUAUAAAGGCAUGGCGCUGUCUCUGGACCAGCUGAAGCCCAGCAAACCUGCGUUCCCCUACAGAAACCAGCACGAGCCGGAGGACAGAACUCCAAGCAGCAGGAGGAAGAUCCAGGUUUCUCCUUAUUCUCAGCAGUUCUCGUCCUUUCAGCCCGAGUGCUCAGAUUCCGAGCGCGACAGCCAAUGGGGCGGCAGCCCUCUGACAGACUCCGCCUCCCCGCAGCGACUGGAUCACAGUGAUGCGUGCGGCUCGCUGUGUUACGCUCUCUCUCAGGAUGACGCGGUGCACACAUGUCAGUUCUCGUCCUUUCAGCCCGAGUGCUCAGAUUCCGAGCGCGACAGCCAAUGGGGCGGCAGCCCUCUGACAGACUCCGCCUCCCCGCAGCGACUGGAUCACACUCGUUGGGACGACGAGCGCGCGGACAGUUCUCCGGGCUCGUCGGGCGAUUCGGGAGACGGUUGCCAUGGCAACAGGGCGUUUCACGUGAGCCCGCGGGAGUCAGAAAGCCUGAUGGGAGCCAAACAGGAGCCGAUUAAGGUGGAGGACGGCCGCAUGAGCGAUUACUGGACGCCGGGGAACCGCAUGGCCUCGGACCGCCUCAUCCUGUGCCGGGACGACAUGAACGGGAGUCCGGUGUCACUGUCCGGUCUGAGCAGUCCCGGGUCAGACAAACUGUCUCUCGACGGCCACACACGCUCACUGCGGCCGGAAAACCUGCACGGAUUUCCCACUCAUUAUGAUGUGAACGCGCACCUGCACUUCCAGACCAGCGCCGCUCACAACGGCACAUCAGUCAUCAUCUCCGGAAAAACACCCGCUGCUUUACAAGCCUGUAAACAUGGAAAAAACCAUGCAAACAUGGAAAGAUGACAGCGCUCUUAUGUUGCUAUUUAUACAAGCACUAUCAAGAACACGUGUAGGUCAGA